UUCGGCGGAAUGAAGAAAACGACCUGAAUUGUCAAAGUGUUUUUCAAACACGGAAUUUGUUUUUAUUGGUAAAAUGUCCUUUAACGAACGUUGAUGGGGAAUUUAUUUAUCUGAGAAACCACAUCACUUCAAGAGCACACACAACAGCGAUACAGAAUGACUACGGACAGUGAAGAACUUGCUAUCGAAUUCGAAGAUUUUGACAAAAUUUGCCGCUUUUGCUACAAGCGGAGUCAUUAUUUGAAGUCAAUUUUUGACGAAAAUGAUGAAAAAUAUGAUCCAGACCAAGGAAGUACCUUGAUGGAUACGAUGGAUACGGUCGCUAUGCUGCAAAUAAACCUGGCCUUGACGGUACACUACGGAGAUGGUUUGCCCGAAUGUAUAUGCAAUAACUGCUACGAUCAAUUGGUGACCAGCAAUAAAUUCAGGAGACAAUGCCAUACAGCAACGGAUUAUCUUCAGAAAAUUCGUUUCGCUCAUGAGGAGGAGCGAAAAUUUUCUAUCAAACUGGAGGUGACACCACUUGAUGAUAAUGUUAGUUCAAGUGGUGAAGAUAUCUUCAAUGAUCCAAGUGCUCCUGUUCCAUCAGAUGAACCAUCCCAUGAAAUAUCGGACCGAUUAAAACCCCAACCAUUGGAAUUGUUAGAGUCGAUUAAACCAGCGAUCAAGCGACCGAGAGGCAGGCCAAGGACGCGACCAGAUCCGGAACCAAAGAAGGAAUCGAAAAAGGUGAAAAUUAAGGAGAAGAAGGCACGCGACAAGACCCAAUUGAAGGAGAAGCGGAAACAAGUGUGUCCAGUUUGCGGUAUGCUUGUGUCAUUUCUCCCAUAUCACUUGGAGGUCCACGACCCGAACAUUUUUUAUGACUGUGAUAUUUGUGGCCAUCGAGCACCCAGCAGAACUGUGAUCAUCAAUCACUUUAGGAAUAAGCAUUUUUCGAAACGAGAACACACAUGCCCGCACUGUGCACUGACCUUCACCCAAGCACUUUCGUUGAAACGGCACCUUAGCGUCCAUUCGGGCGAGAAAAACUUUAAAUGCGAGUGUGGCAAAUCGUACCGACAAAUCGAUUCGUUGAAAGCGCACCGCAAAAGACAUCUGGAACCGACGAUUCCGUGUCCGUAUUGCGCGAAACAUUUUUACACGAAAAACGAGCUCAAAAGCCAUGUUGGAAUACACACUGGAGAGAAGCCAUUCAAAUGCGACAUCUGUCCGGCUGCCUUUGUUGCCAGUUCCAGUCUAGCAGCCCAUCGGCGACAGCAUAAAAAAGAUAAUAUUUUGCCAUCGUGUAAAUUGUGUGGAAUGCAAUUUUCGGACAGACUGCUGUUAACGAUGCAUAUGUACGAUCACAAACACAAGAGGUGGGUCAACACACCCGAAUAAAAUGUUGCUUUAAGUUCUUUAAGAUAUUGUAAAAACCAAUUAUAAAUAAAUCUUUUUAAGCUCGGAU